AUGACCCAGGGGAAGCUUUCUGUGAACAACAAACCCCCCAACUCCGAGGGGCAAGGGGAGAAGAAGGACAAUGCCACAGCCCCGCCAGCUCCUCCGACCUAUGAGGAGGCGACAGCGGGAGAAGGGAUGAAGUCUGGUGCUUAUCCUCCUCCCCCAUCAGUCCCACUCCACCCCAGCUGGGCUUACGUCGACCCCAGCACGAGCCCAAGCUAUGGCAGUGGUGGGUACCCAGGGGACACCGAGAUGCUCACGACCUUCAGCUGGGAUGACAGGAAUGUACGCAGAGUGUUCAUCAGGAAGGUUUAUGCCAUCCUGAUGGUCCAGCUCCUGGUCACUGUCGUUAUUGUGGCUUUCUUCACCUUCUGCGAGCCGGUCAAGGGGUACAUUCAGACACACGCUGCCUGGUAUUGGGCUUCCUAUGCUGUUUUCUUUGUGACCUACUUGAUUCUUGCUUGCUGCUCUGGACCCAGGAGGUAUUUCCCAUGGAAUCUGAUCCUGCUGAGCAUCUUUGUAAGUAGCUUCGCUGCCCUUAUCGCUGUAAUGGCAAUUUACUACAAUACCAAGUCGGUCCUUCUGUGUCUGGGGAUCACAGCUCUGGUGUGUCUGUCUGUCAUGAUCUUCAGCUUCCAGACCAAGUUUGACUUCACCUCCUACCAGGGUGUCCUCUUUGUGAUGCUCAUGGUCCUCUUCUUUGGUGGCAUCAUCCUGGCUGUGAUACUGCCCUACCAAUAUGUCCCCUGGCUCCACGCGAUCUACGCUCUGCUUGGUGCCAUUAUCUUUACUAUGUUCCUGGCAUUUGAUACCCAGAUGCUGAUGGGGAAUCGUCGGUACUCGCUGAGCCCAGAGGAAUAUAUCUUCGGAGCCCUCAAUAUCUAUCUGGACAUCAUCUACAUCUUCUCCUUCUUCCUCCAGUUCUUUGGCUCUAGCCAGGAGUGA